AUGGCAUCCAUCAUAACACUCCCCAUCACCCUCUCCCCCGUUCCAGGCGGAUGGUCCAAACCCACUCCACCUUCAACCCCUAAGCUAACCCCUGCUGUCCCUCGCGUUGUAUACCCGGCAGGACCUUCCUUCGUCGCAUCAGCUAGGAGACAACUCCUUCAAAGGUCUUUCGCAGAGGACGACGAACACGUUUUGAAAGUAAGGGCUGAAGCUGAAAAACUUGCAAAGGCUGGAGAAGGAGAAGAUGAGUAUCCUGGUUUGGGGUUGGAAGAGGAAAGUCAAGAGUUACUCGCUAGUGAUCCGAAAGAAUGGAAGAAGCAAGAUCAUUAUGCUAUUCUCGGUCUUGGACAUUUGAGGUAUAAAGCUACGGAUGAGCAUAUUAAAGUUGCUCACAGACGCAAAGUCUUGCGUCAUCAUCCCGAUAAGAAAGCCGGGGCAAGUGGAAGUAGUACCAAUGACGACGCUUUUUUCAAAUGUAUUCAAAAAGCUCAUGAAACCCUCACGAACCCAGAACGAAGACGUCAAUUCGACUCUCGGGAGAUUACUGUGCCAUCGUCGGACCCAUGGUUUGCCCGAGAAGCCAGGUUCAGCAAGAUUCAACCCGUGCCCGAAUUCGGCGGUCAGGACGCAAGUAAGAAAGAGGUGGAAGGGUUUUACGACUUUUGGUAUAAUUUCGAUUCGUGGAGAAGUUUCGAAUGGCAUGAUAAAGAGGUUAAUGAAGGUAGUGAUUCACGUGACGAUAAACGAUUUACAGAGAAAAAGAAUAAGACUGAACGUGCACGACGUAAGAAAGAUGAUAACACCCGUCUUCGCGAGUUGGUGGAUGAAGUCUUAGCUCAUGAUCCUCGUAUCAAACGUAUCAAAGCUGAGGAGAAAGCCGCUCGAGAUGCAAAGAAGAAAGGUGGUGCGGGAACUACGAAUGGAAAACCUUUGACGGCGGCUGAAAAGGCUGCAGCUGCGAAGAAGAUCAAAGAAGAGGAGGAGGCGAAGAAAGAGAAAGAAAAGAAAUCUUCAGAAGCUAGUAAAGCCGAUCGAGAAGCGGCCAAAAAGGCUAAAGAAGCAGCUAGGAAGAAUUUGAAGAAAUGGAAGAAAUCUAUAGCUGGAGUGAUCACAUCUAGCAAUUAUUUCUUACCCGAUGGAACUGCACCACCCGCGUCUACGGUUGAAAAACAGUUAGGCGAGUUGGAUAUGUUGUGCGAGUUGUUGGAACCUGAGGAAGUGAAGGGAUUGAAGGAGGAAGUGGAAAAGGCUGGCAAGGAUGGUGCGAAGGAUGUAUUGGUGAACAGUGUAAAAGCUCUGGGGGACAAAGGAGAAGGCAAGUUCACUGAGUUUGCAUGA